AUGCCUCUCACCUGGGAAUCCGUUUAUUCCUUCUUCUCCCCACCUGCCUCGCGGGACCCAUCUCCGAACAGCACACCCUCCCUGUUCUCGGGCGCAUUCUCCUCCAAUACAUCGACCAAGCAAACCGACCUGCCAAUGCCCCCCACCACAACAUUCGGGAUGCCCUCCCCGGCAGACUCCUCCACCUCAUCUCUGACCGGAAGCGAGCGCGACUACUCCCCGCCCGGGUCCGCAUCCUACGCCCGCCGCGAGCGUCGGCCCUCAACCUCAAGCACGUCUUCCCGAUCCACCACCAGCCUAGAACAACCAAUACGCCAAGGCCCCAACCGCACCCACACAACCCCCGCGGUCGUCAUCACCUCCCCUUCCCCCCCACCAUCAUCAUCAUCCUCCUCCUCUUCCGAAAUCAACCACGAACAACGACCAGCACCCCCGCGCCGUUCGGCCACCGACAUCGUCGCGCCCGAACCCAUGUCGCGGACCUUUCCCAAGCCGGCGGUCGAGCCAAGCCUCGACGAGCUGCUCGCACGUAAGCCGCUCAAGCACUCGCUGGGGUACUAUGUGCAAAACUCGUCGCGGGUCGCGGCCGCCAAGGCAUCGCAGGAGUCGCUUCGGGCUAGUAGUGAGGAGGCGGCGGCGGAGCGGGCGAGGAAGUUUGAGGAGACCAAGAGGCGGUUGAUGAUGGAUCAGGAGAAGUUGGCCGGGUUGGGGAAGCGGUGA